AUGAUUACUCUGAUGGGCGCUGGAUCGCUUUUAAUGGUAGCUAUAAAGCAAUUCAUACUGCUUAAGAUGGCUUUGAUCUUUAUGUUACUUGGUAAAGCGUGUAUCCAAGGGGCAUUUAAUAUUCUGUACAUAUUCACAUCAGAAUUGAACCCUACUAUCGUCCGAAAUAGUGCUGUGGGUAUCUCAUCGAUGAUUGCUCGAAUGGGUGCAGGUGCAUCUGGUUAUAUUGCUAUUUUAUCUGAUGUUACGCUUCCCAUAGUACCUAUGCUCAUUUUCUCCGUCUUUUCUCUUUGCGCGGGAAUCCUUGUCAUGUUCCUUCCCGAAACUCAGGAUCAACCAUUGCCAGAUACAAUAUGGGAUGCUGUAAGUAUGCUCAAAACGAAACAAAAGCCAUGCAUCCCAUUCACAGGUGAUGCAACAGACAGCUCACUUCUGAAGGAAAAUGAAGUAUAUCAGCCAGCAGAAAAAACAUCAGCAAAAUAG